AUGGCUUCGCAGGAUCCACCACCGUCGGCACGCGCCGAAGCUGCAGCGUAUAUCUCGCAGACCAGCUUCCAUAAAAAGUUCACCAUACCGGCCACGUCCAGCCAUGGUGAACUGACGUUCAGCUACAGUGAUGUCGGCGCGACUCCGGAGGAGCAGACGGAUGCGGCACAGGUCCCGGUUGUCCUCUUCCACCCAGGCCUGUUUGCCUCGCGAUAUGUGGGAGUGUCCUUGCACGCGUUGGCUACGCAUCUGGGGAUCCGCGUGCUCACCGUCGAUAGGCCGGGGUUCGGCAGCUCCACGGCGGUUCCUGUCGAGAAGCGCGUCGACACCUGGGUCGAGUUUGUGCCGCUGCUACUCGCCCAUCUCGGCAUCCCGCACAUAACGAUCGUGUCGCACUGUGCCGGAACAGUCUACGCACUCAACCUGCUCUACAGGUGUAGAGAUCUCCUGAGCCCCGAGCGUCCAAUGGCUGUGUUGAUGGCACCCUGGGUCGACCCGCAACACUCUAGAAUGACAAUGAUGCAGGCGGCACAGUAUAUCCCGUCCCCCGCAUACUCGCUUUUUAACGGACUGAGCCGCUUCGCAGCUCGCGGCAUGUUGACGACGGUUUCCAGCAGUGAGGCCGUCUUCAACGCUUUCGGCAUGGGACAGCGAUCAGAAGCAGAGGAGCAGACCGUUCAAAGCUGGGCAAAGGACAAUUCGAUGAAGCUCGAGCGAGAAUGCGGCCUGUCCACCAAAAUACAGGGCGCCCUACAGCUUCAGACCGUGGAGCACAUCUUUUCGGAAAACACGACCGGUUCGAGCGACGAGGCUCGCCACUGCGCGCGAAAAUCGGCGCCUGGUAGCUGGGGGAAAGCAGACGACUAUUCGGUUUUUGUGGAGGAGGUAGCCCGACAGGAACGUUCGAGGCGCGGCGGCGACGCAGAUGCAGCCUCGCCGGCGAAGCUGAAGGUGAUGGCCUUCUUCGCCGCCUCGGACCACAUCAUAGGCGAGGGAGGCCGAGGGUACGUGGAAAAGUGCUGGAAUGGUAAGGCGGGGGAUUUUGGCGAUGCCUUCGAGUUUAGGUCCAAGACUGUUGCUGGGACUGGUCAUGAUGAGCUUGUUGUCGGGUUUGAUGUCUGGAAGGAGAUUGUCGCCAACAUUCGUGGUAAUGAGGUUCCGUAA